AACUUUAAUUAUUCUGUUGACAUAAAAUCUUGAAUUAAUUAGAAUGAUGAUGCAUAUAAAAUUUUGUAAUUUACAUUUUAACCGUGUGUUUUGGUCCCAUCUGCCCGAAAAGCAGGAUCAGACCUAAGUAGUGGCAAAUGAUUCCACUGGUUUCCAAAUAGCCGCCGCAAAUCCCUUUAUUGAAAUUGUGCGCCAAAAACUUUAGUUACAAGUGAGGAGAAAUAUAUAGAUUGAUGAAUUAUAUGAUCAUGAUUAAUUCUGUAAAAGAAAAAUGGCAUCUGCAAUUGGCUGGUACGGACCCUUAAUCGAUCUUCAGACAGCCGCUUCUCAUGUGGGUGAUCUGGUACAGCUUCUGGUCUUCGUCCACCGAUCCACUCCCGUUCAGUACAAGUUAUCCAAAGGUGGAGAGGCUAUUAGAACCGACAUUCAGGUGGGUGAUGAUACGCGGCCUUUUUUCUCAGUUUGCUUGUGGCAAAAACAAAUGGGAUCCAUGGCAGUCGCUGGUGAUGUCAUACUGUUACGAAAUGUCAAGAUUAUAAAAUUUGGAGAUGUUGUUGAGGCCAGAACUGUCCAGUACUCAUCGUUGCAACGUUUGAUCCACCCUUAUGAAUCACUUAUUUCUAAAGGUGUAGAUGAUUUGAUGAUGGAUUGUCAAGUAGGUAAAACAAUAAAGGAAAAACUUUCUAAGGUAAUCAAAUGGGUGCAGCAAACUAAAUCCAAUUUUCACAUUGAAUUGCGCAGUUCUCAGAAUAGACCACUCUUGAGGAAUUGGAAAGUGCCUGAAGAGAAGAAAUCUUUGAACUGUCUAUUGCUGUCAGAAGAAUCACGUUUAACCGAUACCUGUAAGGCAAUUUUUAAUGCAUCUGUAGGUGAAAUGUUUCUGCCAAUAACCUGGAAAGCACCUGGUGAUAUUGAAUACGAAAAGUUGUUCAUCAGCAGGAGAUUAUCUAAAAUUGAGAAUAAUGAUUUAGCAGAAGAUCUCAUUUGUACUGGCUGCCAUCUAUGUGGUUUGCCUUUGGAUUCGAAAUAUAGGUCUAUAUCUGAACAAAACUCUGUUCCACUCUACUGUGAAAGAAGCUCUAAUCGACUUCAUGUAGUAACCUUGAUAUAUAGGCCCUUUAUGUUAUAUGUUUGGGAUGAAUUGGAGUACAUGCCACUCCUUGUUAGAAACAAGGCUGCUGAACUCUUGUUUGGAAACAUCAGGGCUGAAAGAGUCUACCAAUGCUAUCUAGGGAAAAAACAUGAUAAGCACCCAGAUGCAAAUUAUGUUCAAAAGGAGAAUCAUAAUAAUGCCAUAUUUCCUGAAGUUGCUAGGGAAGGAGUUGAAUGCUUUCACUCACCAGAUGCAAACAAGAGCCUGGAAGGAAAGGAAAAAUACCAAUGUGAUAGAAACAUCAACUUCUAUCUGAUUUGGUUGAUUCUUCUAAAACAGCUGCUGAAGCGAGGAAAGAACAGCCCUUUAGAAUUUGAGGUGACCAUAAAUUCCAGCCUAGAUCGGGAAAAUGGGAGAUUUGAAAUGGUUUCUGCGUCAGUUCCAUGUUUCAUGACGAAAUAUCAUGCUAACACGGUCAUUAAACUUGGGUGAAUGUUAUCUUACUCUAUUUCAGAAGUGUAUAAAUAUCAUAUGAACCCUCUUGCUCAAGAUUAUUCAAUAUUCUUUCCAACUUCUUUAUGUAACACAGACGACAGAACAUAAGCACCAUAACCAUCUUAUUUAAAGAAAAGUUAUC